AUGCAUUUCUUCAUCGCAGGCGGAAGCGGUCAAACCGGUACCCAUGUCAUCAACAAAUUAAUCCAACAAGGGCACACCGUAACGGCUCUCGUCCGCAACCCAUCCUCCAUCACUCCACGAGUCGGCGUAAAACUCGUGCAAGGUACGCCGUCAAACAUCGACGAUAUCCGGAAAGCGCUGCAGACACCUCGAACCCCAGACGUAAUAAUCAUAACACUUGCGCACGUCAAAGGAGCCGUAUUCGAUGACCGCGGAACUACGUUCUUGACGUACGUUGCUCGAAAUAUCGCUCAAUGCCUAGAAGAGUCGCAGAUGAUGACAACAAAAAUAAUAUACAUGUCUGCUUUUGGCGUGGGAGACUCAUUUCCGAAUCUCAAUUGUUUGAUGAGAGUGCUUGUGCGAGUAUCACCAUUGGCAAGUCAGUUCAGCGAUCAUAAGGGUGCCGAGGAUACGUUGCAGUCAAUCGCCACAGAUGCUGAUGGGCGGAAAGCUGUCGUUACUAUAGUUAGACCGACUAUGCUGACAAACGGCGAAGAAGCAAAAGUGCAAUCAUUGGGUUCUCGUGGAGAGAAGGCAUCGUUUAUGCCGAGCAUUCCGAGGGCGAGUGUGGCUGACUUUAUGGUUGAUGCGGCUCAGAUAGACAAGUGUGAUGGCAAGGUUGUUGUUAUUGCUAAUGCGAAAUCAACGCUGGUUGAUAUUAUUCCAUAUUCCUGGUACAAUACAUGA